UUACGUUUACAAGUCCUCCCGUCACUCGGCUUUCGGAUUCGGAGUGAUUUUCUAUCCAAGAACCAAGAGUUUAGUUUAGUUUUAGGUUGCUCUCAGUUCGCGUGCGUUGGCGCUACGGAUACGGCUCCGGAUCCUAUAAUCUGAUUCAUAAACCUAGUGAAAUAUUUUAUCCUUAUUUUUGUUUUAUCUUCUUCUGAACGUCAACAAAAUAUACUUUCGGAACCAUUGAACAUUUUUAAUUGGACUUAUUGUUUAAACAAAUGGUGCAGUAAAGGAGGCCGCCGAUUCUAUUUUCAUAUAACAACACAAAAAUAUAGCCAAAGGGAUCUUCCCCAACUUUCAUGAACUACAACAUGAACACCGCAAAAGUCGUAGUAAUUGGAGCUGGACCUUCGGGCAUAGCAGCUGCCACAAAACUCCUUGAGCUUGGCUUCCAAAAAGUGAUGGUUAUCGAGGCGGAAGAUCGUAUCGGUGGUCGAAUACACACAAUACCCUUCGGAGACAAUGUGAUAGACUUAGGCGCCCAAUGGUGUCAUGGUGAAAAGGACAAUAUAGUUUACGAACUCGCUAACAAGCACAAUCUUCUAGAAUCAACUGGUGAUGUCUACGAGAACUAUGAAUGCAUCCGGUCGAAUAAAGAAAUCGUUCCGGUCAAAGUAAGUCAGCGUUUAAAAGACAUUGUCAAUGAUAGUUUAGUGACGAGAAAAGUGGAUCUUAUAGGCUACAAUGAGUCUUUGGGUAGUUACAUUUCCAAAUUCUUUUUUGAAGAAUUACAAAGAACUGAAAAUUCGGACAUUGAUCUGGAAAUAGCAAAAGAGUUCUUCGAAAACUAUCAGAAAUUCGAAAAUUCCGUCGAAGCUUCCGAUUCGUUGAGUGAUGUCUCGGGGAAGGGUUAUCUUGAGUACUGGGAUUGCGAAGGUGAUAUUCUAUUGAACUGGAAAGACAAAGGUUACUUGAAAUUCUUACAGUUGUUAAUGGGCUGUGAUGAAACGGGCACAGAACUAGGAGUGCUCGAUCAACGAGUGCUUUUGGGAAAACAAGUGACUCAGAUAAAUUGGAAUGAUGGAGAGAUUCAAAUUAAGUGUGAAGAUAAUAAGAUAGUCGAAGCUGAUCACGUUAUAGUGACAGUUUCGUUGGGAGUGCUAAAAGAAAAGCACUCGAAACUUUUCGACCCAAAGCUGCCAUUGCAAAAAGUUCGAGCCAUAGAAGGUAUUGGCUUCGGAACUGUCAAUAAGAUUUUCAUCGAGUUUCCCGAACAGUUCUGGCCAAAUGAUUGGACAGGGUUUGCAUUGCUCUGGAGGCAAGAAGACCUCGACGAGAUACGAGGUACGAAUCGGGCCUGGUUGGAGGAUGUUUUUGGCUUCUAUGCUGUGAGCUACCAGAGCAGAAUUCUAAGUGGUUGGGUGAUUGGAGAGAGUGGACGGCAUAUGGAGACUUUGCCCGAAGAUGAAGUGCUAAGUGGUUGUAUGUACCUUUUCAGGAAGUUCCUCAAAUGGGAAAUUCCUACGCCUGUGAAUUUCAAGACUUCAGCUUGGUUUAUAAAUGAAAACUUCCGUGGUUCAUACUCAUUUCGAUCUGUGUUGACGGAGAAAUUAGACGCUUGGGCAAGUGACUUGGCAUGUCCAUUGAAGGACUCCAACCAAAUUCCAGUUGUUCUAUUUGCUGGAGAAGCAUCAAGCGAUCAUUACUAUUCAACAGUCCAUGGAGCAGUUGAAGCUGGAUGGCGUGAGGCCCAGAGACUUGCCGAUUUCUAUAAUAAUGACAUUCUGAAAUCACAAUUAUAACACGCUAAGGGCUUUAAGCGUUAAAAGUGAUAAUGAUGAUGAUAAGAACGAGUUGUUUAUUAUUCUUUGAGAAUUCCGAAAAAAUAGGUACCAGAGGAAAUGCUUUUUUUAAAAGAGGCUACUUGUUUUUUUGAGCACUAGAUUUAACUUUAUAUGAAUUUUUCAAUACAAAAAAAUACUAUACAAUAAUAUUGCAUUGAAAUUGUGGCCUCUUACUCCAUAUUGACAAAUGACCUUGAAUUUAUAUAAACACCAAGGAAAAAUAAGAGCUUGACAAAUGUUGGAAUAUCUCAAAGAACUUAAAUUCCGGAUAAUGCUAGCAGCGUUUAAGGUCCUGAACAAGACAAUUUUUUUGACAUGGCAAAAUGUUUAUAGAUAAUAUUUAUUCAAUUUUUUUCAAUUUAAUUAGGAACCGAACAAAUUAAUGUAACAAUAUUGUAUAAAAUUUAUUGCAGUCUAUUGCUCAAUCAAAAAAAAAAAAGAAACGCUAAUUUAUUUAUAAAAGAAACAUAAAAAAAACAGAAAUAAAGACGUUUA